UUUGCUCUGUCUCUUAAACUCGUGUUCUGUUUGGCUUCUUUCUCUUUCUGUAUCUCUCUCUCUCUCUUAACAAGAAAUUUUGUUGUUUGGUUGUUUUCUCCGAUUUCUCCUCUCCAAUAAGCUUGCUUUCCUUUUCUUUAGUUUUUGAUUCUCAUAAUCACAUUAACAGCUCUAAAACCGAACAAACAGGUAAUGAAAAGGCAGAAGCAGAUUCUUCCAGUCCUUCUCUUAACACUUCUCUCUUUCACUUUCUUAGCUCCAGACAUCAUUUAACCUUUUCUCUUCGCUUUUAUGAGUUUUUCCCUUUUCCUUUUCUGUUUUUCAAGAUUUGUUUUUUUUUCUCUUUUGGUUUGUUUAUUGAAAGUUCACGUCUUUUUUCAUAGAACAAGGAGUAUUAUAUAUUUCUCCGCGGAUUAUGCAUCUAGUUAGUGAAGAAUAGUGGUCAAUAAGUGAUAGGAAAAUGGCCUUUGAGCCGCUGGUUUGGUAUUGUCGGCCAGUGGCAAAUGGGCUGUGGACAAGGGCUGUGGAAAAUGCCUUCGGUGCUUAUACUCCUUGUGCUGUAGACUCUCUGGUGGUGGUCAUCUCUCAUUUGGUUCUCUUGGCUCUCUGCUUCUAUAGAAUAUGGCUCAUUAAGAAAGAUUUCAAGGUCCAGCGAUUCUGUUUGAGGUCUAAUUGGUAUAACUAUUUCUUGGGGCUACUAGCUGCAUAUUCUACUGCAGAGCCUUUGUUCAGAUUGAUAAUGGGAAUUUCAGUUCUGAAUAUAGAUGGACAGAGGGUUCUUGCUCCAUAUGAGAUUGUUUCCUUGAUUGUAGAAGCUCUUGCUUGGUGCGCUGUACUUGUCAUGACUUGUGUGGAAACCAAAAUCUACAUCCGUGAGUUACGGUGGUUUGUUAGAUUUGGGGUCCUUUAUACUUUGGUGGGAGAUGCAGUGAUGUUUAAUCUUGUUCUCACAGUGAAAGAGUUCUACAAUAGUUCCGUGCUGUAUCUAUAUAUCAGCGAGGUCUUUGUUCAGGUUUUGUUUGGAAUGCUUUUGCUUGUGUAUGUUCCCAACUUGGAUCCUUACCCUGGUUACACUCCCAUGCGGAAUGAAUAUGUUGAUGAUGCUGAAUAUCAAGAACUUCCUGGAGGAGAGUACAUAUGUCCUGAGCGGCAUGUCAACGUAUUUUCCAGAAUUGUUUUCACAUGGAUGAAUCCUAUAAUGAAGCUAGGUUACAAAAGGCCUCUCACUGAGAAGGAUAUAUGGAAAUUAGACACAUGGGAUCGAACUGAAACACUGAAUAAUAGGUUCCAAAAAUGUUGGGUUGAAGAAUCACAAAGGCCUAGACCAUGGCUUUUGAGAGCACUAAAUAGUAGCCUUGGAGCAAGAUUUUGGUGGGGAGGCUUUUGGAAGAUUGGCAAUGAUGCUUCCCAAUUUGUGGGGCCACUUAUAUUGAACCAGCUCCUACAGUCUAUGCAACAAGGCGAUCCGGCUUGGAUUGGAUAUGUCUAUGCUUUCUCAAUUUUUGUUGGGGUGGUAUUUGGCGUUUUAUGUGAGGCGCAGUAUUUCCAAAAUGUCAUGCGUGUUGGUUAUCGGCUGAGAUCAACUCUGAUUGCUGCUGUAUUUCGGAAAUCUCUGAGGUUAACCCAUGAGAGUCGGCGAAAGUUUGCAUCUGGAAAAAUAACCAACUUAAUGACCACGGAUGCUGAAGCACUUCAGCAAAUAUGCCAAUCGCUUCAUACUUUGUGGUCAGCUCCAUUUCGUAUUACCAUUGCAAUGGUUCUGCUUUUCCAGCAGCUGGGUGUUGCAUCACUUCUUGGUGCAUUAAUGCUAGUGCUUCUGUUUCCCAUACAGACAUUAGUUAUAAGCAGAAUGCAGAAGUUGUCCAAGGAGGGCUUGCAGCGAACUGACAAGAGAAUUGGCCUCAUGAAUGAAAUUUUAGCAGCAAUGGACACUGUGAAAUGUUAUGCAUGGGAGGAUAGUUUCCAGGCAAAAGUUCAAAAUGUCCGGGAUGAUGAAUUAUCAUGGUUCCGGAAAGCAUCUUUAUUGGGAGCGUUGAAUGGUUUUAUACUAAACAGCCUCCCAGUGGUGGUGACUGUGAUUUCAUUUGGUAUGUUCACCUUUCUUGGGGGAGAUCUGACACCUGCAAGGGCAUUUACAUCGCUUUCCCUUUUCUCUGUGCUUCGCUUUCCCCUCUUCAUGCUUCCUAACAUAAUCACUCAGGUGGUAAAUGCAAAUGUGUCCUUAAAGCGUUUGGAAGAGCUACUUCUAUCUGAAGAGAGAAUCCUUCUACCAAACCCUCCACUUGAGCCAGGAGAACCAGCCAUCUCAAUAAAAAAUGGAUACUUUUCUUGGGAUUCAAAGGCGGAGAAGCCCACGUUAUCAAACAUCAAUUUGGAUAUACCUAUUGGUAGCCUUGUUGCAAUUGUUGGUAGUACUGGAGAGGGAAAGACAUCUCUUAUUUCAGCAAUGCUUGGGGAGCUUCCUGCAAUAUCAGAUUCGAGUGCUGUUAUUAGGGGAUCAGUUGCUUAUGUUCCACAAGUUUCAUGGAUUUUUAAUGCAACUGUGCGGGACAACAUAUUAUUUGGAUCUGCCUUUGAUUCAGCAAGAUAUCAGAAGGCAAUAGAUGUGACUUCAUUGCAGCAUGACCUUGACUUGUUGCCAGGCGGUGAUCUCACUGAGAUUGGUGAAAGAGGGGUGAAUAUCAGUGGCGGGCAAAAACAGAGAAUUUCCAUGGCUAGGGCUGUUUAUUCCAAUUCAGACGUAUACAUUUUUGAUGAUCCUCUAAGUGCUCUUGAUGCUCAUGUAGCUCGACAAGUUUUUGAUAAAUGCGUCAAGGGAGAAUUGAGCAGGAAAACGAGAGUUCUUGUAACAAACCAGCUUCAUUUUCUUUCAGAAGUCGAUAGAAUUAUCCUGGUACAUGAGGGUAUGGUGAAAGAGGAGGGAACCUUUGAGGAGCUCUCCAAUAAUGGCAUGCUGUUCCAAAAACUAAUGGAAAAUGCAGGAAAAAUAGAGGAGUAUGAGGAAGAAAAGGAAAAUGGUGAAACUGAUGAUCAUAAAACCUCUUCAAUGCCCAUUGCUAAUGGGUUAAUGAAUGAUCUCCCAAAGAAUGCAAGCGAGAAGAAAAAACAAAAGGAAGGCAAGUCUGUUCUUAUCAAGCAGGAAGAACGGGAAACGGGUGUUAUCAGUUGGAAGGUUUUAAUGAGGUACAAGAAUGCAUUAGGAGGUGCAUGGGUGGUAAUGGUACUCUUUAUGUGCUAUGUCCUAACAGAAGUUUUAAGAGUUUCAACUAGUACUUGGUUAAGUAAUUGGACAGAUCAAGUCACUACAAAGAGCCAUGGUCCUAUUUACUAUAACCUCAUCUACUCCAUUCUCUCAUUUUGCCAGGUUUUGGUGACAUUAUUAAAUUCAUAUUGGUUAAUCAUAUCAAGUCUUUAUGCUGCCAGAAGACUGCAUGAUGCUAUGCUUAAUUCCAUAUUGAGAGCCCCAAUGGUCUUCUUUCACACAAAUCCACUAGGGCGUAUUAUUAAUAGGUUUGCGAAGGAUCUUGGUGAUAUAGAUCGGAAUGUUGCCCCAUUUGUGAAUAUGUUUCUGGGUCAGGUGUCACAGCUCCUCUCCACAUUUGUACUUAUUGGAAUUGUGAGCACCAUGUCUUUGUGGGCCAUAAUGCCGCUUUUGGUUGUGUUUUAUGGUGCCUACCUAUAUUAUCAGAGCACAGCACGUGAAGUAAAGCGCUUGGAUUCUAUAAGUAGAUCACCUGUUUAUGCACAAUUUGGAGAAGCUCUGAAUGGUCUUUCAACUAUUCGUGCAUACAAAGCUUACGACCGGAUGGCUGAGAUCAAUGGUAGAUCUAUGGACAACAAUAUCAGAUUCACCCUUGUCAACAUGAGUGGGAAUCGCUGGCUUGCAAUCCGUCUGGAAACAGUGGGAGGCCUUAUGAUAUGGCUUACAGCAACGUUUGCAGUAAUGCAGAAUGGAAGGGCAGAGAACCAGCAGGCAUAUGCAUCAACAAUGGGUCUGCUUCUCAGUUAUGCUUUAAAUAUUACGGGUUUGCUAACCACUGUACUCAGACUAGCAAGUUUAGCUGAGAAUAGUUUAAAUUCUGUGGAGCGGAUUGGCACAUAUAUAGAUUUGCCAUCAGAGGCUCCUCCGAUUAUUGAAGGGAACCGCCCCCCGCCAGGAUGGCCUUCAUCAGGAUCAAUCAAGUUUGAGGAUGUGGUCUUGCGGUAUAGGCCUGAACUCCCACCGGUCCUACAUGGACUGACCUUUACAGUUUCUCCAAGUGACAAGGUUGGGAUAGUUGGAAGGACUGGUGCAGGCAAAUCUAGCAUGCUCAAUGCUUUAUUUCGAAUUGUUGAACUGGAAAGAGGAAGAAUCUCCAUUGAUGGCUGUGAUAUUGCAAAGUUUGGUUUGAUGGAUCUAAGGAAAGUACUUGGUAUUAUACCACAAUCACCAGUUCUUUUUUCAGGAACUGUAAGGUUUAACCUUGAUCCUUUCAAUGAACACAAUGACGCUGAUCUUUGGGAGGCUUUAGAGAGGGCACACUUAAAGGAUGUUAUCCGAAGAAAUUCAUUAGGUCUUUAUGCUGAGGUUUCCGAAGCUGGAGAGAAUUUCAGUGUUGGACAGAGACAAUUAUUAAGUCUUGCUCGAGCAUUAUUGCGGAGAUCAAAGAUACUUGUUCUUGAUGAAGCUACUGCUGCUGUUGACGUAAGGACUGAUGCUCUUAUUCAGAAAACCAUCCGAGAAGAAUUCAAAUCAUGUACAAUGCUAAUCAUUGCUCACCGACUUAACACCAUCAUCGAUUGUGAUCGCAUCCUUCUACUUGAUUCUGGCAAGGUUUUGGAAUAUGAUACACCAGAGGAGCUGUUAUCAAACGAAAAUAGUGCUUUCUCUCGGAUGGUCCAAAGUACAGGAGCUGCAAAUGCUCAGUACUUGCGCAAUUUGGUACUAGGAGGGGAAGGAGAGAGUAGGUUCAGAAGAGAAGAGAACAAACAGUUAGAUGAGCAGAGAAAAUGGGUGGCUUCUUCUCGCUGGACUGCUGCUGCGCAAUUUGCCCUUGCUGUUAGCCUCACCUCAUCACAGAAUGACCUUCAGCGUUUGGAAAUUGCGGAUGAAAAUUGUAUCCUCAAGAAAACAAAGGAGGCAGUGAUAACUUUGCAGGAAGUUUUGGAAGGGAAGCAUGUCAAAAUAAUAGAAGAAUCAUUAGAUGAAUAUCAAAUUUCCAGAGAUGGCUGGUGGUCAGCUCUUUAUAAGAUGGUUGAAGGUCUUGCAAUGAUGGCCAGACUGGGUAAGAACGGACUUCAUUCAGAUAAUGGCUUCGAAAACAGAUCGAUUGACUGGGACAACGUUGAAAUAUAGGAAGGAGUAUUUCGAGAACUGGGUUUGUGCUUAAAUUACUAUUGCCUUCAUUUACGAAGUAAUUUAUCUGCCACAAUAUUUUUGUAUAGAAUCUGGAAUUUGUCCAUAUGCUUCAGAUUUUUUAAUUUCAGAAAACACCCUUCUGUACAUUUGACUAGCUGAGGUUGGAAACCUUAAAUGGGUUCCUAAUAUAUAAGCGCCGGUGCGUAUGCAUCACAUAUAGGGCUUAGAAGUAGGUUAUUUCGAUUCAAUAAUCAGUUAGAGGUGUUGCUUGUAAGCUGUUGUGGCACAAAAUUUGCCAUGCCUUGUAUGUUCAUAACCAACUCGCACUAAUCCUUUUUGAGCUCUAUUUAUAUGUACAUUACAAAAAUUUUUCUUGAGGUAUUUA